GUGAUAGAAGACAACACCGGCGUUCGGAGGGUGGUGGUUACCCCCCAGUCUCCGGAGUGUUACCCUCCUAGCUAUCCUUCGGCCAUCUCUCCAACCCAUCACUUACCUCCAUACCUGACACACCAUCCCCAUUUUAUUCACAACUCUCAUACAGCUUUUUAUCCUCCUGUCACUGGACCUGGGGACAUGCCACCACAGUUUUUCCCACAGCAUCAUCUUCCCCCAACAAUAUAUGGAGAACAAGAAAUCAUACCACUAUAUGGGAUGUCCAGCUAUAUUACCAGGGAAGAUCAGUACAGCAAACCACAGCACAAAAAACUCAAAGACAGGCAGAUUGAUCGCCAAAACCGUCUGAAUAGUCCUCCUUCAUCCAUCUACAAAAGCCAUAUAGGCAGCUGCACAACUGUAUAUAAUGGCUAUGCAAAGAGCCACAAUGGAGCAAGCAGCGGAGGCGGCGGCGGGGGGGCUCCAGCAGUAAAGAAACCCGAGCGCAGAGCAAGAAGCAGCCCAAAGUCAAAUGAACAAGACCCACAUGAAUUUGAUUCAGAAACAAAGAGAGUUCAAGACGUUCUUUCUGGAAUGGAGAAACCACAGGUUACAAAUAUUCAAGCAAGAACAGUUUUACUCUCCUGGUCACCUCCCACUGGCCUUCUAAACGCAGAUAGACACAACAAUGGUUUGCCUUACACCUGUACCUACGAGGUUGCCUUAUCGGAUAAAGGGAGGGAUGGAAAAUACAAGAUAAUUUACAGUGGAGAAGAAUUAGAAUAUAACCUGAAAGACCUUAGGCCAGCAACAGAUUAUCAUGUCAGGGUAUAUGCAAUGUACAACUCAGUAAAGGGAUCCUGCUCAGAGCCAGUGAGCUUCACCACUCACAGCUCAGCACCAGAGUGUCCCUUCCCACCCAAACCCUCGCACAGGACCAAAAGCUCCUUAACCUUACAAUGGAAGGCACCCAUUGAUAAUGGUUCAAAAAUCACCAGCUACCUUCUGGAGUGGGAUGAGGGAAAGAGGAACAGUGGUUUCAGAGAAUGUUACUUUGGAAGCCAGAAGCAUUGCAAGUUGACUAAACUUUGUCCAGCUUUGGGUUACACUUUUCGAUUAGCAGCUCAGAAUGACAUCGGUACUAGUGGGUACAGCCAGGAGGUGGUAUGCUACACUGCAGGUAAUAUUCCUCAGACCCCUUCUGCACCAAGGCUUGUUCGAGCUGGUGUUACGUGGAUCGCAUUGCAGUGGAAUAAAGUAGAAGGCUGUACACCAGAGGAAGUGGUUUCUUACACCCUGGAAAUUCAGGAAGAAGAUAAUGAUAGCGUGUUUCACCCAAAGUACACUGGAGAGGAGCAAGCCUGUACUGUGAAGAAUCUCAGAAGAAGCACACAGUAUAAAUUCAGGCUGUUUGCUUCUAAUGUGGAAGGAAAGAGUUCUCCCAGCGAAGUGUUGGUCUGUACAACAAGCCCAGACAGGCCAGGACCUCCGACCAGACCCGUUAUUAAGGGACCAAUAACAUGUCAUGGCUUUAGUGUGAAGUGGGAUCCUCCACAGGAUAAUGGUGGUUCAGAAAUUCUGAAGUAUCUACUAGAGAUUUCUCAAGGAAGUCCAGAAGCAAAUCAGUGGGAAGUGGCAUAUAGUGGAUCGGCUACAGAAUAUACCUGUACUCACUUGAAACCAGGCACUUUGUAUAAACUUCGGGCGUGCUGUAUCAGCACUGGCGGACACAGUCAGUGUUCUGAAAGUUUACCUGUCCGUACACUAAGUGUUGCACCAGGUCAGUGCCGGCCACCAAGAGUUUUGGGGAAACCGAAGCACAAAGAAAUACAGCUACAAUGGGAUGUCCCUCUGUCAGAAAGUGACUGUCCCAUCUCAGAGUACAGUGUAGAAAUGACAGAACCUGAAGAAGUUGUUUCUGAAGUGUAUCAUGGGCCUGACGUGGAGUGCACUGUCAGCAACCUUCUUCCUGGAGCAACAUACCGGUUCAGAGUGAGAGCUUUGAACGAUGGUGGGUAUGGGCCAUAUUCGGAAGCUACAGAAGUCACCACAGCAGCAGGACCACCCGGCCAGUGCAGAGCACCUUCCCUGUCCUUUCUGUCUGACACACGUGUACUUGUAAGCUGGGAGAGUCCUGAAUGUUCUGGUGCUGACAUCUCUGAAUACAGAUUAGAGUGGGGAGAAGAUGAGGAAUCUCUACAACUUGCAUAUAAUGGCACAGACACCUGUUUUGAAAUAAGUGAAUUGUCAGCAGCAGCACAUUACUACUGUAGGCUACAGGCUAUUAACCAGGCAGGAGCUGGACCCUACAGUGACCUGGUAACCUGCAGAAUCCCUGCAUCUGUGCCUAAUGCAGUCUCUACCCUUUCCGUGCUGGAAGAUGAGCACGUGGAUGCCUCUGAACUCUCACCCUCUGUGUGCCUUGUACUGAACUGGGAAGAACCAUGCAAUAAUGGAGCUGAGAUAACAUCAUACAACAUUGACCUCGGUGACAUCAGCAUUCCAGUAGGAAAUGUUACUAGUUAUGUUAUCAAGGAUUUACUUCCAGAAACCUCAUACCAGAUCAGGAUCCAGGCUGUCAAUGAAAUUGGAGCUGGACCAUUUAGCCACUUUAUUAAAGCAAAAACCAGGCCGUUACCACCCUUACCUCCUCGGUUAGAGUGUGCUGCAGCAGGUCCUCAGAGCCUGAAGCUGAAAUGGGGAGACAGCAGUUCCAAGCUUCACGUUGCCGAUGACAUGGUCUAUAUCUUGCAGAUAGAAGACAGAAAUAAAAGGUAA